GGUCUCCUUUAAAAGGAUGCCCUGACAGUUGAUGCCUCCCAGUUUGACCAUGAUGUUCAGGAUUUUGGCUGCGUUUGCUGUGUUCCUGCAGGCGGUUUCUGCCACCUCCCUCGGCAUUGUGAACACCGAGGGAGGGCUGGUGGAGGGAGAAAACAUCCUCCUGGAAAACAGUCGUUAUGUGGACGUCUUUAAGGGGAUUCCUUUUGCGGAUUUUCCUGGAAGGUUUGAGAAGCCCAAACGCCACCCCGGCUGGGACGGUGUUCUGAAGGCUACCAAGUUCCAGAGGAGAUGUCUGCAGCUGGAUCUGACCAUGACGGGCACCAUGGGCAGUGAAGACUGUCUGUACCUCAACAUCUGGGUUCCUCAUGGCUCCUCAGUUUCCACCGGUUUGCCUGUCAUGGUCUGGAUCUACGGCGGUGGCUUUGUGACGGGAGGAGCAAUGGGUGUCAAUUUCCUCAAUAAUUACUUGUACGACGGGCAGGAACUGGCAACCAGAGGAAAUGUCAUUGUAGUGACGCUGGGGUACCGUCUGGGACCCCUUGGCUUCCUGAGCACAGGAGACUCUGAUAUACCUGGAAAUUAUGGGCUAUGGGACCAGCAGGCUGCCAUUGCAUGGGUCCACAGAAACAUUGGAUCAUUUGGAGGAGACCCCAGCAACAUCACCAUCUUUGGAGAGUCAGCAGGUGGAGCCAGUGUUAGUUUACAGACUCUCACUCCUCACAACAAAGGGAUCAUCAGGAGAGCCAUCUCACAGAGUGGGGUUGCAAUGUGCCCUUGGGUAAUCAGCAAACACCCCCGCAAGUUUGCUGAGGAGGUUGCCCUAAAAGUUAACUGCCCCAUCGAUUCCACUAUGGCUGCCUGUUUGAAGACGAUAGACUCUGCAACUCUGACAGUAGCAGGAACUAUCAACAUGUCUGGAUCUCCUGAUAAUCCCGUUGUGAACAACCUGGUCCUGUCUCCUGUGGUUGACGGAGACUUCCUGCCUGAUGAGCCUCACAACCUGUAUCACAACGCUGCAGAAAUCGACUAUCUGGCCGGAACCAAUGACAUGGAUGGGCGUAUGUACAGUAGCAUGGAUGUUCCUUCAGUCAACGAUGACGUCCUGGAGACUUCCAUUGAAGAUGUUAAGAGGCUCUUGACUGCCUUGACCAAAGAGAAGGGACAGAUGGGUUUGGAUGGCGCUUACGCCACGUACAGUGCAAGCUGGGGAUCCAGUCCCAGCCAGGAGACUGUGAAGAAAACAGUUGUAGCCAUUGAGACAGACUACCUUUUCCUGAUUCCCACACAGACUGCCCUUUAUCUUCAUGCUGGAAGUGCCACAAGCGGCAGGACCUACUCCUACCUUUUCUCCGUACCCAACCGUAUGGGUGGGAUCAUGCCCUCCUUCCCCAGCUGGAUGGGAGCUGACCACACUGACGACCUGCAGUAUGUGUUUGGGAAACCUUUGUCCACACCACUUAUCUACAGAGCUGAAGAUAAAGCUGUUUCUGAGCACAUGAUCGCCUACUGGACCAACUUUGCCAAAACUGGAGAUCCUAACAGUGGAGGGCUGAGCGUCCCAGUGACUUGGCCAGAAUUCACCAACGCAGACCACAAGUUCUUGGAGAUUAAUGCCAACAUAAACAGUGCCUCAGUGCGAGAGAUGUUGAGGUUGGGUUAUGUGUAUUUCUGGACCAGUUACUUGCCUGAUCUUCCUGAAGUUACCUCCAGAUGAAGAGCUGGUGCUUGCUUGUACACCUCUGGAUUAUAAUGUGCUCUGUAUUAUUUGGUCUCUGCUAAAUAAAAUCUAGUGAGCAUAAA